GCGCAUUGCAGAAGGGAGUCACCGCCUCAGGCUCGGCGGCAGCGGCGGGGCUGGGGACAUGGAGCCUCGCGGCUGGGAGGCAGUGUUAGCCUGCGGCGCCAGGUGCUGGUGAAUCUGAGGAAAGCAACGCUGUGAUGGUUGAGCUGUUCCGUUACCCUGUAUCUUGAUUACUGAAGAAACUUCAGGAUCAUUUGUAGAAAAGUUGUGAUUGACAAUGAUACCAAAGCAAGUAGCAGGGUAAGAAGAAUGACCUUUCAUGAGUUUUUACAGAGGAUGCAAAUGAACAAAGUGUAAGCCUUAGUGCUUUUUAGUCCAUGAAAUCUUUUGAAGAAGAUGGCUGAUAUUAGCCUGAAGGAGGUAGCACUAAUAAUAGGUGUGGUGGCAGCUUGUUACUGGAACAGUCUAUUUUGUGGCUUUGUUUUUGAUGAUGUAUCAGCAAUUCUGGACAACAAAGAUUUGCAUCCUUCAACGCCUUUAAAAAACCUGUUUCAGAAUGACUUCUGGGGGACUCCUAUGUCUGAGGAAAGAAGUCAUAAAUCAUAUCGUCCUCUCACUGUCCUCACGUUUCGUUUAAACUACCUGUUCAGUGAAUUAAAUGCAGUUUCCUACCAUCUCCUAAAUCUGGUUUUUCAUGCUGUGGUUUGCGUAGUCUUCCUCAAGGUCUGUAAGCUUUUCCUGGACAACAGGAGCAGUGUGAUAGCAUCUCUGCUGUUUGCAGUGCACCCAAUACACACUGAAGCGGUAACUGGAGUGGUGGGGAGAGCAGAGCUUUUAUCAUCUAUAUUUUUUCUGGCUGCUUUUUUGUCCUACACUAAAUCUAAAGGUCCAGACAAUACCAUAGUGUGGACUCCAAUUGCAGUAACAGUGUUUCUAGUUGCUGUUGCAACACUGUGUAAAGAGCAAGGAAUAACAGUGGUAGGAAUAUGCUGUGUUUAUGAAGUAUUUAUAGCACAGGGGUAUACCUUUCCAAUGCUGUUGGAUGCUGCUGUACAGAUUCUCCGAGGGAAAGGCAGUAUUCCUUAUUCAAUGCUCCAAACACUGCUAAAACUUAUUGUUCUGAUGUUCAGUACUCUGCUUCUUGUUGUAGUCAGAGUCCAGGUCAUUCAGUCUCAACUUCCAGUAUUUACCAGGUUUGAUAACCCAGCUGCGGUAAGUCCAUUUCCUGCAAGGCAGCUGACUUUCAACUACCUCCUUCCUGUAAAUGCUUGGUUGCUGCUUAAUCCUUCAGAACUGUGCUGUGACUGGACAAUGGGUACAAUUCCACUUGUAGAGUCAUUGUUUGAUAUACGGAAUAUUGCCACCAUUACGUUCUUCUGCUUUUUGGGAUCUUUGAUUUUCUUCAGUCUACGAUAUCCUGGGGAUUCAUCCAAGACUGUAUUGAUGGCACUCUGCUUAAUAGUGUUGCCAUUCAUUCCUGCAUCAAACCUCUUCUUUCCUGUUGGAUUUGUAGUAGCAGAACGAGUACUGUAUGUUCCUAGCAUGGGAUUCUGCAUUUUAGUAGCGCAUGGGUGGAAGCGACUGUCAAGUAAAAACAUGCUAAGAAAGCUCUCCUGGAUUUGUCUGUCUGUGGUGCUGUUCACUCAUGCCUUAAAAACACUGCACAGGAAUUGGGAUUGGGAAUCAGAGUAUACAUUGUUUAUGUCCGCGUUAAAGGUAAAUAAGAACAAUGCCAAACUGUGGAAUAAUGUGGGUCAUGCAUUAGAAAAUGAAAAGAAUUUUGAAAGAGCAUUAAGAUUCUUCAUUCAAGCCACACAUGUGCAACCAGAUGAUAUUGGUGCCCAUAUGAAUGUAGGAAGAACUUAUAAAAAUUUAAACAAAACGAAAGAAGCUGAAGAAUCAUACAUGAUUGCUAAAUCACUGAUGCCACAGAUUAUUCCAGGUAAAAAGUAUGCAGCACGAGUUGCUCCUAAUCAUCUAAAUGUUUAUAUAAACCUUGCAAACUUGAUUCGGACAAAUGAGUCUCGCCUUGAAGAAGCAGAUCAAUUGUAUCGACAAGCAAUUAGUAUGAGGCCAGAUUUCAAGCAGGCUUACAUUAGCAGGGGUGAAUUACUACUAAAAAUGAAUAAACCUUUGAAAGCUAAAGAAGCAUAUCUGAGAGCUCUGGAAUUGGACCAAACUAACGCAGACUUGUGGUACAAUUUGGCAAUUGUUUUUAUUGAGCUAAAAGAUCCAACGGAAGCUCUGAAGAACUUCAACCGAGCAUUAGAAUUGAAUCCUAAGCAUAAGCUCGCAUUGUUCAACUCUGCACUAUUAAUGCAAGAAUCUGGUGAUGCCAGGGUCAGACCUGAAGCUAAACAAAGGCUGUUAAAUUAUGUGAAGGAAGAACCACAGGAUGCAAAUGGCUACUUCAAUUUGGGUAUGUUGGCUAUGGAUGACAAAAAGGAUACUGAAGCAGAGACUUGGAUGAAGAAAGCCAUAAAAUUACAACCAAACUUUCGAAGUGCUUUGUUUAAUUUGGCACUUCUUUAUUCUCAGACUUCGAAGGAGCUAAUAGCUUUGCCAGUCCUGGAAGAGCUGUUGAGUUACUACCCUGAUCAUACCAAAGGUCUGAUAUUAAAGGGAGACAUUUUAAUGAACCAAAAGAAAGAUAUAAGUGGAGCUAAGAAGUGUUUUAAAAAAAUUCUGGAAUUGGAUCCCAACAAUGUUCAAGGAAAACAUAAUCUCUGUGUAGUUUAUUUUGAAGAACGAGAUUUAAUAAAAGCAGAAAAAUGUUUGGUUGAGACGCUAGCAUUAGCACCACAUGAAGAAUAUAUUCAACGCCAUCUGAACAUAGUCAGAAGUAAAAUUGCAUCUCUUGGUGCUCCAGAACAGUCAACAGUUCCAGCAGAUGGAACUGCAGCUGUAGGGGGGAAAAAAAUUGCGUUUGAAAACUUGAAAGUAGUAAAAAAUGAACAAAAAAACACCCAGACAAUUAGUAAUAAAAACAAAGGACAGUCAAAAAGCAAAAAACGAAUAGAAAAAAACAAUGCAGACAAAGAGACACAAAAAAAAUCUACUAAAGAAAUCAAAGACAUUGAAAAAAAAAGAGUAGCUGCUUUGAAAAGACUAGAAGAGAUUGAACGUAUAUUAAAUGGUGAAUAGCUUUUUAUCAUUUUACAAUAGAGAAAGGGGUGGACACUACUUUAAUUAUUAUGUGAUAUUUGAUCAAAGUGAAAGGUAGGCCUGGUGCUUUGAAAAUGGAAAGAAUAUUGACAGUACAUCAUUAAUGAGCAACAGAAGGCUACUUUACUAAACAAUCUGUUAAGAAGUCCAUAGAUUUUAAUAAACUUUUUGAGUCAAGGGUUGAGCGUGGUAUAAUACAGCAAUCUUCCAAUGGUGAAAAAUGGCAUUCUAACACUAAGAUGUUAGUGCAAGAAAUUCAAUAACACUUUUAAAAGAAGCAGCAAAAGUUGAAUGGAGAAUUUAAUUGGGUAAACAAGAUGCACUGCUGGUUUUUUCUGUAUAACCUUUUUUAAGAACUAUUUUUCUGAAAUUCAGUUUACAUGUCAGCCAUUGGAGUCUUCUAGAUCUUCACUAUGCAUUAAACCUUUUUCUUUGCAUUAUCAGUGUUCUAGAGCUUAACAGAGUAAAUAAAAAUAACACUGGCUGUAGCGUGUAUGUAAUAGGUAAUCUUUCAGAUUCUACAGGCUGAUGAAACAAGAAGUUAAAAUAAUCAAUGCAGUUGUUUCCAAAUAUAGAGUAAUACACUAAACUUUAUGUGCUUUUCAUUUACAAUAAAUGGGUUGUCCCACUUAUCUAACUGAUCAAAACAAAUCUUACGGUGCUCUCAUGAUACUUUACUAAAUGUUUUCUUUUGGGGGGAAAAAAAAGUUUAUCCAUCUUAACUUCCAGUAAGCUGGUUGGUUUUGUUAGGUUUUUUCCCACCCCUAAAAAUCAUUGUAUAUCAAACGUCUGGGGUUUUCUUUCUGUUUACUAACCCAGUUUGUAGGACACUGACUAAUGCACAGUAACCAGCAUGCUCCUCAGAAGCCCAUGCUGCAUUUGUAUUGAUGAUGUAUAUGGUUUGAUUUCUUGGUGUAGUAUCUCUUCCUUUUGUAUAGUAAGCUGGCUUUACUAUUUGCAAUCAUUGGAACAGUGUUUCUAGUCUUCCCACUUUAAAACAUUUUUAAAUGAUUUACCACUAUUUAAGGUGGCAUCAUAAUAAGCCACUAAAUUUAACACUGUUUAACAUUAAAAAAAAAUGUAAUUUCUGAUUUACUUCCAACUGUUACGAUCUGUCGUUGUUUUGUCACAGAUUAAGUGUGUGAAUUUUUUUAUUAAAUAUUUAUUUUGACUACUGAA